CCUCCACUCCUUCCUUCCUCUACAACCUCAUCCAUCUCACUCUCCAUAUAUUUCGCUUCAUCUCAUUCAUCCAUUCACUCUUUUUUUCUUCUUCUUUCUUCUGUCUACACAAUGUUUGCUCGCUUUUCAGAGGCGUUGCUCAAGCCAAAGCAAAAGUUCUCUCUCGAUCACCUCAAGUAUCUUUAUACGGUGCUCGCCAAGAAUGCAAAAGUCACCGAGCAGAACAAGUCGCUCGUCGUCGAGACGCUCCGCUCAAUGGCAGAAAUCCUCAUCUGGGGCGACCAGAACGACAAUCGCGUGUUCGACUUCUUCCUCGAAAAGAACAUCUUGUCCUUCUUUCUGAAGAUUCUCGCGCAGAAUACGGGCAGAUACGUCAAGGUGCAGUUGCUGCAGACACUGAGCAUAUUAUUCGAGAACAUUAGCAACGAGACGUCCAUUUACUACCUCCUGUCCAACAACCACAUCAACGCCAUCAUUGUGCACAAGUUUGACUUUUCGGACGAGGAGGUUUUGGCGUACUACAUUUCGUUUUUGAAAACGCUUUCGCUGAAGCUCAACACGCACACAAUCCACUUUUUCUUCAACGAGCAUUUGCACGACUUUCCCCUUUACACUGAAGCGAUCAAAUUCUUCAACCAUCACGAAAGCAUGGUUCGCAUCGCUGUGCGCACUCUGACCCUGAACGUCUAUCGCGUUCCGGAUAACCACAUGCUGACCUUUAUUUUAAACAAGACGACCGUGCCGUAUCUCUCGAAUCUUGUUUGGUUUAUCGGCAACCAAAGCAUCGAGUUGGACGAGUGUGUUCGAAAUGACGCAGACCAUCUUCGACGAGGCCGAUUGAACGAUCUGGUGGCAGAACACUUGGACCACUUGCACUAUCUCAACGACAUCCAGCAUUUGAGCAUUGAGCGCCUCAACCAGGUCCUCACAGACCACUUGCUCAACAAACUCUUCUUCCCAUUGUACAUUUCCAAUUUCCAACGAGGCGACUCCUCCAGAAAUAAGGCUGGCCGGUUGGCGAACGGACAGCCAGUGCUCUGCGGCUUGGUGUCGCUGUUUUUGCUGGCGCAAGUGCUGCAAAUCUUCGACUCGAGCCCGUUGGCCUCGGCGCUGGCCGCCGAAGUACUCCGCGGCAACUGCGAUGUCGGGCGCUGGGAGCGCCAGCAGCAGGAUUUGUUCCGCGAGAUGCAUCCCAUCACCGGCGCUUUGGCGACCUCAAACCGCGACUUUACCCCACCAGAAAUUCCCAUCAUGCGCAUCCGCGAGGCUCUUGGUGCCCAGCAUGAUCAAGAGCUGGCGGCGCGCGCCGGCACUGGCUUGGACGCUGCCAGCGAAGCAUCCAACACUUCGUCCUCGUCGCUCACCAACUCGAACAUGAAGCGGCUCUCGUCCUUGUCGAUGGUCACAACCACCUCUACGUCGUCCGCCACGACGGGUACCUCUGCAGAUGCAGCCAUGCCUCCCAUCCGGGAACAAGGAAGCGAUCCUGAAGGCGAUGUGUCCGCUUUGACACCUGCGGCUGACACCAGCGCGGCAGACAGCUCAGACCAUGCUGCUGCUGCAAGCGAUGCCGCGCCUGUGACUUCUGCUUCGAUGAGCGAGAAUCCAGAGUCAAUCGUCAGCUUUUCAGGCCCUCCGAAACAGCUGCUCGAUUAUCUUGUUUGCGACGAAAACGACUUGACUGCCCUGCCCGCCCUGUGUGUGCUUUUCGCCAUUGUCAAGAGUGGCCACGUUCAAAAGCGUGUCAUGGAGCUUGCGGGCGUCUAUCCUCAGCGUUUCAAGAAGGCCAAGAUGUUGCUGGACGAACUCACAUCCGGACCGUUCACUCCUUCGGGAUUGGCGUUCGGCAGCGAGGAAGGGUCACCUCUGGCCGGUUCGCCAGAUCCAGUCGCGGGCGCUGCUGCACCCAACCUGCCUUCCGGAUCCAGCAACGACGACACCUUGAGCACCAUCACUGGCGAAAGCAACGUCGAAGACGACGACCCCACACGAACAACCUACAACGCAACCGUGAUUGAGCGACUCUUUAGCAUCAUGUACGCCAGCUUGAACAUUGACAGCCAGAUUCGGCUGGUAACCUUGGAGUUGGCCAUCAUGCUGCUCCAAGAACUGGUGUUCUUCAAGGGCGCAUCGCCAUGCUUGACAGACGAGCACUUUGGACUUCUCGCUGACAUUGAGCUGGUCAGCACUGAGCGCCUCCGCGCAUGCUAUUCCGGCUCUGCGAGCAACGACAUCUUUUUGGACAUGUUCGAGGACGAGUACCGGACGCUGCGACCGCUCCAUUUCGAGUCCCUCAUGAUGGACGCCUCCAUUUUGUUGCCACCAACAACCACCCCAUUAACCGGCAUUGAAUUCUCCAAGCGUCUGCCCUGCGGCGAAGUCGAAAAGACACGCCGUGCCAUCCGUGUCUUCCUCUUUAUUCGGCAAUUGCGGACAACGCUCAAGCGCGAGAAGGAUCCGGAACUUCCGCUCUCCGAGCAGCAAGAGCCUGUCAAGAUUGACGAUGCUCUUGACUUGAACAACAGCGAUCUGAUUGCUUGCAAGGUCGUGGAUCGGACACGCGCAGCCCAGCAGGCGGCACAGGCACACAUUGUCAAACCUACAGGAGUGCCGAACGCUGCAAUGGCGGCGGUGGCUCGCUUUUUGGUGGUCGACCAAAACCGCCUGAUUCUCGUCGAGCCAGACCACACUCGGCUCGGCUGGGGCGUUGUGCGCUUUGUGGCGUCUCUGCAGAGCGUGGAGACGGCGUUUGACAAGACGGAUUCGCGCGUGCUGCACAUCACGGUUCUCAACAACCUCCGCCCGUGGGCAGCCAACGGACCCACCACGGUCAGCUCGCUCAAGUGGAGCGGCAGCCUCAUUUUCGACGACCACAUUCGGUGCCUGGCGGCCAAGCAGCAGCAUUUGGACAAGAGCAAGAGCGAGUUGCGGCUUCGCAAGCUCACCAAAGUUGCCAACAUGCUGGGCGUGCCUGUCCCCGUGCUCUCGCCGUUGUCGGCGGCCCAUUCGCAGACGCAGCUCCCCGCGCAGUCGCCCCUCGUGCAGCACCAUCCCUCGUCACUGGCCUCUCCUGCGCAGGGCGGCUUGCAGCCGCAGUUGUCGCUGAAUUUCGGUCCGACCAUGUCCAAGUCCCCUUCGUUGCCGCAAGUGUCGUCCAACGUGGCCACGCCUUUGGAGGUGGCGAACAAUGCUGAUGCGCAGCAUCGACUUCAGCAGCAGCAGCAGCAACAGCAACAGCAGCAGCAGCAACAGCAACAGCAGCAGCAGCAACAGCAACAGGCCGCGGUGGUUACCCAUGUCUCCCAACCGCAGCGCCUUCUUGAUGACGAUGCCGCUGCCAUGUCUACGCCAGUCAGCUCUGUCGCGACCUCCGAUCCGCUGACAGACGCCCUGGACGAUUGAAGCAAGGGUCGGAUUUGUUGAUAGUAGUUGAUAGCGAGCAAAUGGAUUAUCGGCGCGAUGCAAAGAGAAAUUGUAUCGCUUGCAUUUUACAGUUUAUUCCAAAUUUCCAAAAUUGUAUGCAAGCUUCUAAGCAAGACGUGCAAAUUCUGAAUAUAUCGGGACAAAGGUCGGCGGUCAUGCUACGACCUGCCAAUCAACUUCCAAACAAAGAAGG